CUCAUUUAAGCUAGCCAAAAACACCUGCUUGGUUUACUCCCCUGACCUCCCACAAACCAUGCCAUUCAAAUAUCUCCAAAAACGUUGUUUUUUAACACUUAUUCUACUCUAAAAGUCACCAAUGCCGCUUUACAAAGUCCCCGGGGGGCGUGCUGUCCGGCCUGCGGCUCUCACAGCUGCCCCUUCCCGCGUUCCGACACUCACCCGGCGGUCUUUCCUCGUGUCAACUCGCCGCUUCAGGCGCGCUCUCAAGGCGGAGGUCGGCGUCCUUCUGACCACGCUUUCUGCGUCUUCGCUGGGAUCCCGGACAACGUUUGGGUUGAAACGACUCAAGUCAGAACAGUAAGACUUCAGGCCGCAGGUUGUUUUCCCAGUGUCCGUGCGGGUGCUUGAUGGUAGCAGGGCUUGACACUUGAUUUGUUUGAUUGUCUUACCUGGAGGCUGCAGACCCCCACCUGGUGUCCGUUUUCUUCUGCCUUUAUGUAGCCUUUAACCUCGUUCCUCUUAACAAAUAUGUCACACCACCAGACAAACUGUUAAAUGUAUUUGAAAAAUCUUGUCAUAAGAUAAGUUAUAGUGUGAAAGAAACAAGAUUUUAGGGUUGUCUCUUCGAAUGCCUUCAUAUUCAUGCAGCAAAGCCAGGCCCGAUAUCAGACAUUUCUCAUGUUUAAAACUUAGAGACUGAAUGUUUUUAAUUUUAAAUCACUACACCAUGGUACACUUUUGUACCUUUGUGUCAGUUUACAUUUAAAUAACUACGGCACAUCACAACACUUACUCUUGUUAUCCACUAAUCCUCUCUCAUCUGUUUCUUGUGUCUUCAGAUAUGUCAGCGAGAGCCUGUUUCAUAAGAAGGCCCCUUCAAUUCAAUCUGGGUUCAAGUUCCUGCUCCUGUUUUGUUUCCUGCUCUUUGUUGUGAGUUUCACCCUGUCUGACACUUGCCUAUCAUUGUGGGACAGCUCCAAACUGAACAUCCACAAGUUGCUCAAUCAGACAAGCCAGUUUUAUCUCCCCCCUCCUUCCCUCAGAGUCGGAUCUCAACUAAUCCUUGAAACAACUACAACAUCAACUACUGCGCUGCCUACUGAUGCACCAAGAACAACAACACCUACUGCACCAACAACUACAGCACCAUCAGGGAUUCAGUACCACACUGCUUAUCCUCGCAACUACCACUUUAUCAUGGAUAACCCAGAGGUGUGCAAGGACCAGACCCCUUUCCUGGUUUUGAUGGUUCCUGUGUCGCCAAAUAACAUAGCUGCUCGGAAUGCCAUCAGGCAGACGUGGGGCAAAGAGAAGCAGGUUCAAGGUCAGGUGGUACUCACCUUGUUCAUGUUGGGAUCUUCUGGAGGAGCCUAUGUGGAGCAGCAUGAGAAGCUCAAACAGGAGAAUGAGAAGCACCAUGAUCUGAUCCAGAGCGACUUCAGGGACACUUACAAGAACCUGACCAUCAAAACCAUGGUGAUCAUGGACUGGCUGGCCAAGCGCUGCCCUGCAGCAGCCUUCGCUAUGAAGAUAGACUCAGAUAUGUUCCUUAAUAUUGAUAAUCUGGUGAUCAUGCUACUUAAACCAGGCAUCCCCAAGCUGAACUAUCUAACAGGGAUGCUGAUGUGGAACCGGCCUGUUGUGCGCUCAAAGAAUUCCAAGUGGUACGUCCCAGUGGAGAUGUACCCAGAACCAAAGUACCCGACCUACACUCUAGGCAUGGGAUACGUCUUCUCCAACGAUCUCCCAGAGAAGUUUGUGGAGGCGUCGAAGUCAAUCAAACCCUUUAACAUAGAGGACGCCUACAUCGGGAUGUGCAUGAAAAAACUGGGACUUAAACCCUCAUCGCCGCCAAAUCCCUCUCAAUUCAGGGCCUACAAUACCAAAUAUGACCGCUGCACCUACUCUAAGGUCAUAACAUACAUUCUUGGAUCUUCGCAGCAACUGAUAAACUUCUGGAUGGACUUGAAGAGACCAGAACCUCCGUGUUAG